CAGUCGCUUAUAUAUAGGGUCAAAGUCAGUCGAGUUCGCGACUUCACCAGUGAAGCAGCUCAUCACACAGCUCGCCAAUACUUUAACUCGGUUUUCCCUUUUCUUUUUCUUUUGUUUUGGUCUCACACAAGAAAGUGAUCGCGAAGUACCGACGAGUGUGUCUCUAUAGUUUUGAAUUUUCGUCCUUGGAAAAUGCCGGAACUUAACGAACCUCUACCAUUACAAGACUUGGAAGGUCUACUCCAAGAAACAUUAGGUUCACCAUUGUCGGUAGAGGUAAUCGAAUGGAAACAUUUGACAGAUCCAGGCGAGAAUUUCGGAAGUCUCAUUCUCGCAGUGACAGCUAACGUAUCGAAGAAUGGAAAGCAAGAGACGCAUAGAUUAGUGUGCAAAAUGCCACCCAAGUCAGAUUACUUAUUGGAUCUUUUCAACAGCCCCAUGGCUUUUCAUAAAGAACUCUACUUCUACACGAAAAUUGCGCCUGCUUUUCUGGAGCUUCAGAUAAAAAGCGGAUUUGUCGACAAUGAACUGAUCAAAUUAGUUCCCCAAUAUUAUGGUGGUCGCAUGAGCUUAAACAGAUCGGACAAAUUUGACUCUCAAGCGGCCAUCGUCCUGGAGAAUCUCAACUUUUCGGGCUACACAACCAAAGAUCGACUCACUGGCAUGGAUCUCCAUCAUAUGGAAUACAGCGUGAGGGAGCUUGCCAAAUUGCACGCCAUUGCUUGUGGCUACAGGAUCAAACAUCCUGAGGACUUUAAACAGACAAUCGCGCCAGGAUUAGUUAUGGCACAAAAUGACAUUGCUAUGAAAUGCAUCGAUGAGAUGAUACGCAAAGCCGUUGACAAUCUUAAGAAGAUGGACGAAGCGAAGCCCUACAUGGACAAAGUCUUCAAGACCCUCGAGCACAUCGACAAACAUUAUAAGGAGAAAAAACCGCUGAUCGAGCACUGGUGCACUUUUGUACACGGUGACUUUUGGGUAAACAACAUGAUGUACCGCUAUGGCAAUAAUGGAAAAAUUCUCGGGAUGAAGAUGGUGGAUUUUCAGCUGAGUUCAUGCGAGUAUGGCAUGAUGGACUUAGUAUUCUUUCUAAUAUCGAGUGGCAAGAAAGAUGUCAUUGAAAACAACAUGAACGAUCUGAUUACUUUGUAUUACGAAACCUUUAUCAGUACUCUACGAGCUCUCAAAGUCGAUACGAAAGAGUUUCCUCGAGAAGAAUUCGACAAAUUGUUGAAAGAGUGUGCGCCUCUCGAGUUUUCUCAAUGCAUUAUGAUGGUCCAAGUAAUCAAAGCAACGAGGGGCAGUGCACCUGAUGUCAAUAACAUCAAGAAUGCCGAUGCUUUUCUUAACAUCGGUAAAGGACAACUAUACGAGGAGAAAUUACUCCAUGUGUUACUGACGUUUGUCAAAAAUGGCUGGCUAGUUGAUUAAUUAUUAUAUUCGAUUAAUGAGUGUUGGGGGUAGUAGCUCAAUCAAGUUUUGGCAAUUGUUCUACUUUACAAUUGCACUUGAAAAUGAAGGCAACAAAAAAAAGCUAAUCCUUGGUGAUCUGCAGAUCAAUUGCUAACAUUUCUUAUGUUGAAAAUCUAACCUCACGUUAUAGGUCUUGAUGAAAUUUCAUGAAAAAAUAUAUUCACUACCGUAUGCAGUACUCCGUGAGCAAAAGACGAGGCCGUGCUCUAUUGAUUUAAAUAAGCCGACCAAUUCGAUGUUUCUCAAAUUAAAAAAAAAUAAAUAAAUAAAAACGUGAUCGUAUCGUACUAAAGUAAAUGAUCCUUUAAAUGAUAAUUUUGUAAGAUUUACAAAUUUUAGUUUUAUAUACAUAUUUCUGUACAUAUUUGUACGUAAUUUUGAGAGAAAAUUU